AUUCUAAAUUUAAUUAUAGUUCGUUGAAUAGAACAGUGUCCUUACUCAAUAAUCUAUGGCAAUUUGCCUAUUUCGAAGAUUAUUAAAUCAUUCAAAUAUAUCUCAACAUAUAAGGUAAUGUUCUGUUUUGUAAUAUACUUUUUUGAACUAAUUGAAAAAAUGUAAAACAAGUUGUAUAUAAAGAAAUAUUUAUUUCUUUUGAGCGAUAUUAGAUGAAUUAGUGUAACAUGUGCGCAAUAUUUCCAGAUUACGUAAGCUUAUAAAACACAUAGAAAGAAGUACACUAGCCUCUGCUCGAGCUAAAGAUAUGAAAAAUGAAAGAGAAGCAAAUAGUCAGAUUGACUUGAAAAAAUUCUCAUGGAUUAAGCAACAUGCACCUUGUUUUCGAAUUCAACCGGAUCAUGUGGAUAUUAUAUACGAACCAGCUGAAUUUUAUGAUACGUUAAAGGACCAAGUAUCUAGAGCCAAAGAUAGAAUUGUUCUUUCAUCGUUGUAUAUAGGAACAGGGCCCAAAGAAGUAGGUCUUAUUGACGAAAUAGAAAAAGCACUCAAAUCGAACGAUAGAUUAAAGGUUACAAUUCUAACUGAUUUCACACGGGGAACUAGAGGAGAUCAGAAUACGUGUACGCUUGUACAAAAAUUAAAAAAUUAUAAUAAUGUGACAAUUUGCAUGUACCAUUCACCCGAUUUAAGGGGAAUCCUAAAGAAGAUACUUCCGCAAAAAUUCAAUGAGGUGGUUGGAUUGAGUCACAUGAAGAUAUGUGUUUUUGAUGACAAUUUAAUAAUGACGGGUGCUAACCUUAGUGCUGAUUAUUUUACGAAUAGGCAGGAUAGGUACUUUCACUUAACACAUUGCAAACAAUUAGCAAAUUUCCUAAGCGGUAUUGUUCAAGUUGUUUGCGAAUUUUCUUUUCAUUUAAACAAAAAUGGAUUAUUAUACUUUCACAAGGAAACUGAAGAUUUUGAAAAGGAAAUUGACUUUCAUCCUUUUGAUGACAAUAUUGAUCCAAGCGGUGAAAAUUUCAGAACUAAAUUUCAUAGAAGUAUGGCUGAACUUGUUGAAAAAUUUAAAAAUGAACCGACGUCUUCUCAGAACGACCAAAAAACAACUGUUGAAAUUUACCCUUUGAUUCAAAUGUUUCCUAUUAAUAUUGAUGUUGAUAACCGUGUUACUCAUCAAUUAAUAACUGAUGCAUCAGAAUCUGCAACAAUUCACAUUACGUCAGGCUAUUUCAAUCUAACACCCGACUUCGAGGAUGCUGUAUUACAGUCUACUAGUACAUUUUCAAUUCUAACCGCAUCUCCAGAAGUAAACGGAUUUUUUGGGGCUAGGGGAGUAUUGGGUGCUAUUCCCGACGCUUACACUCUCAUAGAAAAACAAUUUUUCGAAAAGCUUGACAACGAGAGUAAAAUUGAAAUAUUCGAGUAUUUUAGGAAAGAUUGGACUUAUCAUGCUAAAGGAAUGUGGUUCUAUUUUGAGAAUAAAUUAUAUCCGUCAUUGACUCUUAUUGGGUCGCCCAAUUAUGGAUUUAGAUCAGUUUUUCGAGAUUUAGAAGUUGAACUAGCAAUUCUCACCGACGAUUUGAGUCUCCAAAUGAAACUACAUCGAGAACGACUUAAUUUAUAUAAAAAAUCAACAAAAGUUAGUGAUGAAACUUUUCAAAGACCCUCUAGAAGAAUACCCUUAUGGGUGAAGUUUGUAACAAAAUAUAUUAGAAAAUUUUUCUAA